CAUUGAUUGAAUGAUUCGUCAUAUGGAAUUUAUCAAAAUAAUUGUGGAAAAAUAUAAACAGAAAGUGCAAAAUGGCGUUCUCUUUAUUAAGGAUAAAUGAAUUAGAGCAUGUAAAAAUAUAACGCAAAAUUCCGAUGAUUUUGACUGGAAUCUUCAUAUAAUACUCACUAAAUAAGAAACACAAAUGUGAUAAUUUUUAAGAACAAAAAUUGAAUCGUCUUAGAAGUAACAAUGAUCAAAUUUGCUGAUUACUUUGUCAUAAGUGGUCUGGAUUUGGGCUCAGGAUUAGAGCCUGAUAAGUAUGCAGAGGACAAUUUGCAAGUUUCUCCUUUGGAGAGAUCUUACAAAACAAAGGUUUUAAGCCAUUACCCUGACAAUAUAGCAGCAUAUCCACUUGACGAGCAAGCUGUUGGAAUGUUGUGCCUACCUAAUGGUCUCAAAUUUCGUACUCAAAAGCAUUCAGUCACACAAGCUCCUACUUUUCAUUCUUUUUUGAUCACUAAAGAGGAUGGAAAACGAUUUUAUGGUUUCAGCUUGAUAUUCUAUGAGGAAGUUAGGAAUAGGGACAUCUGUACAGCUAUGCAAACUUUACAGGCUAUGUAUAUAACGGAAUUAUCAAGUGGCUCAAGAUCAAGGCCAGUACUUAAUAAUCAGAAUCAGGUGCCCCAAUCUAGAUCUCUACCAAGACAUUUUAAAUUGAAUCCUCACAAUCCGACGGGUGCAGCUUUGCAAUACUACGAUAUAUCAAGGGAUAAACUUUUUGUUUCAAAAAGCAUAGCAAUUUUAUGUAGAAGCGCUUAUGUUCAGGCAGCUAAGAUAUUUUUAGAAAAUCUUUACAGGUGUGCUAAAAGACUGUCGAAUUCCCAAUAUUCUCUGGAAAGUUAUGUGUUUAAUCUUUUAUAUGAAAUCGAAUUACCGACUCCUGGAAAGAGUAUAUUGGUGCAUCUACCUCCUUCUGAUCCUCAAUUGCCUCCUACUAGUAUCGUUUUACAAAGUCCCGCCCCACCGUUGGAACUGCCUCAUCUCGACUACUCAUUAAGGCUAAUGUUUGUUUGGUUAGGUGUCGAUAUUGUAGUUCAACUGUUCACGUGUCUUCUGCUCGAGAAUCAAAUCCUUCUUAGGAGUACAGAUUGUCAAAAGUUAAUGGUGGUAGCCGAAGGUAUAACCUCACUUCUUUUUCCCUUCACAUGGCCUCACGUGUACGUGCCAAUCUUGCCAGCAUCACUGCAUCAUUUUCUCGAUGCACCGGUUCCUUUUUUAAUGGGUCUGAAUGCUUCCUCGGAAAAUAUCAAGGUAGCAUCCGAAGCUAGUCUUUGUUAUGUAGAUAUAGAUAAAUGCAAGGUUCAGCUACCGGAGGAAACUACGUCGUUUCCGCAUAGGGAAGCGUUUGUUAGUGAAAUUUGGUCUGCGCUAGAUAAAUUUGGGAUACAAGUGCCGAAUUCUGAAAAUAACAGGAACACAAAUACUCAGGAGAUUAUAUCGAGGAGUUGUACGUUACCUCUCAAACCACAAAACAGACGUAAACUCUCCGUACAUGACACAUUAGACUGCGAAAGGCCCCCAUCGCCUCCGGGGUCAGCUAGGUCCGAAGCUUUACAAAGGAUUGCCGAUAUAGUGAGAAGAACUGGCGUGACUUUGGAUCAAAAUGACUCAAGUCUUCCUGCCGACACUUACAUCGAAGAUCUUAGGUUCAACAAUUCGUUACGGGAGAUUUUCUUGAACAGAUUCGUGCACAUUUUUCAAUCGUAUGAAAAUUUCGUCAUAUUUCCUAACCAGGCUAAAGAAGAUUGGCUCAAUAACCGGGACUCGAUGCAAAACUUCGACAAAUCCUCUUUCCUGAGCGAUCAACCGGAACAACACAGGGCCUUCCUGUGGCGCUUCCUCGAAUCUCAAAUGUUCGCCACCCUCAUCGACAAUAAAAUUCUAUCCACGUGGGGUGAGGUGGACAACAACCUGGUCAUAUUCGACAACAGGAUAAAAUUGUUGAAACAGAGGUACGGUGGUGAGAAUCUCAUGCGGUCCCUGUGUUACGAACCCUGCACCAUAUCCCACGAUACGCAGAAGUUGCUGGAGAGAAGAUUGACGAAUCCGGAUUUCGAAUCUCCCUCCCCCAGGGAGAUUAUGAACAGCAGGUCGACUUCUUCGAAGAAUUUUCCCCUGUUGAAUAAGGAGAUACUGAACAAGACGCCCGUGGUCAAUAAGGGUAGUAUACCGAGGGCUAGCGCGCUCAAAAAAGACAUGAAUAUACCGAGACCGAUGAGUUUGAGCGGGGAUCGAGCCAAUGCGAACAAGAGCGGAGCAGCUCAAGACAUGUCCCCGGCCCUGUUAGCCCAGACCAACUGGACGUUUGUGGAGAAGUUGUUAAAAGACUGCAAGGCCAAAACCAAGAGAAUGCUGCUUGCAAAAUUGGGAGCGGAAGGGGUGACCCUAUCUAGCAACAAUGCUUCGGAUAAUUCCGGAGCCGUUGAAGAAAGUACUUUAGUGGCAUCCUUGUGCGAUUUUCUUGAAAGGGUGUGGUCACACGCGCUGCAAAAGAAGAGGGGAAAAUCAGCCCUGUGGUCCCAUCUGUUGGCGUAUCAGGAAACUCACCAGCCUCUUUCGAUGAAAGAGAAUCACUAUCUCUCUCGAGAGAAAAAGAAGGAAGAAAAAUCAAGACAACAAACUCUGCCGACGUUGUUGAGUCGAAGUGUAGUAGCAGAGAUGUCAAGACUUGCACUCCAAGUAGACUACUGGUCUAGUCAUGGUAGCGAUAGAAAUUUGAAGACGGAACUUCCACAUUUACCCGAGACGUUACUUGUAGAUAUCAUUAACGUCCAGGCGAUGCUGGACGUGAAGACGUGCAUCGGCAAAGCCAGAGCCUGGGUUCGGCUGGCCCUGGAAAAGAAGCUACUCUCCAAGCACAUAAGGACCCUGUUGUCGGAUCAGGCCCUGCUUAAGAACCUCUACAAGAGGUCGGCGUUCCUCAGAUGCGACGAAGAACGGGAACAAUUCCUCUACCAUUUGCUCUCUCUGAACGCAGUAGAUUAUUUUUGUUUCACUAGUACCUAUCCUACAACUGUGAUACCGUAUAGAAUUGUGAUAGUACCAAGUAAAAAGGGUACGGUUACGUCGGCUAACGUUUGGGUGGUGCUGUCGGGCACUCUGUCGGAGACCAAACGGGUUAAUGUUCCGAAGGCGACCAUCAACUUCGAGCACAAGAAUCAGAACCUUGGCGUGUUGACGACGCUCAGGAUCGGCCAUGAUAACUCGGGUAUGCAUGCGAAAUGGAUGAUAGACUUCGUGUUGGUCAGAAAUGACAUCACCGGACAUGUUUAUAAAUUCCCUUGUGGAAGAUGGUUGGGCAGAGGGGUAGACGACGGCUCUACGGAAAGACUGUUAGUCGGCAGCUUGCUUCCCCCCUGCAAAGAAGGAGAGGAUAACCCCACCGCUUCGCAGAACAAAGUAACCACACCUCCCAGGUCAAGGUCUCCAGCUCCGCCCGCCCCAAAGACUGAGCUCAAACAAUCACAGAUACAGCAUAUGCUAAGCGACUGCAUCAAUAACAUAGUGAAAUGGCAAUAUCGGAGGAGUUCCGAAAGGAAUACAACGCUGACCGCCCUAUUAUGCGGAGAAAAAGGUUUGGUUCAUUGCAUGGAGAACGUUUUUCUGCUCGGAUUCAAAUCCGCGAAACUUUUCGUCGGCAAACAUUAUCUGUGGGAUUAUCUAGUGUGGAUCAAAGAAGAGUUCGAGUCUUGCCUGAUGGAAGAAAGCGGCGGUACAAGAUCGGCUAGUUUGGAGAGAAAUUACCAGAAAACCGUCGCCGUUUGGAGAUGCUACUGCCACCUGGUGGAUGAAAUAAUGAGCAGUAGCAAAGCCCUAGGGAAAGACGGCAAAUUCCAGUUAUUCAUUUGUUUGAGCGUCAGGGAACACCUUCUGCACAGGAUGUUGGUGCCGAUGUCAGCGUGCAAGAUCACUUCCGAAAUGUACGAAGAUGAAUCUUUUUUGAAAAAUCGCGGUUUGCUCACUUUUCUCAGACAGAUAUUACUUCCCCUGGACGAGCUGGAUGUUGUCUUGGAAAAUUCUGUAACCCACGGUAUUUCAUCACCUUCUCAUUGUUGAAAAGAAUCUAUUAUUAAGUACAAUCCAAAGAUCUGACGUGAAGAAUGACAAAAAAGUAGCAUGUAAGUGAAUCUUUAGUCAAUUUUCGUAUUUAUUAAGUUGGUUAUAGUUUCCUAUUUCGAGAAGUUUAUAGAAAAUUCAGAUGGGGAUUCCCCGUAGAAAAUCAACGUUUGAGUGAUUCACGACCUUAAUUCAAUCUUCAAUAAGGAAUGAUAUUAGUUCCAUAGGACAUGUAAGUAUAAUUCAUUUUUAUUUUAAUCAAUGAUAAAAACAUUUUUUUUUACUUAAUAUUCAUCUGAAUUUUCUGUAAUAUUUUUACUUAUUUCAAGUUUAACUGAUCUUAUGUGCCAACUCUCAGAAUAGGUUAUAAAAAAAUAUUUCAUUAAGAAUAUUUUUUGAAGGCAGCAUAGUUACCAAAUGAUAUUACAUAUAAUUUUUUUAUUAAUCAACCGUUUCAUUUAUGUGGAAUGUUCAAAUAUUUUCGAUGGUGUGUGUAUAUAUUUUUUUCCAUUUUAUUGAUAUGAUCCCCUCAAAUUAAAAUAUUAAAAUAUACUUGAUCUUUUUGAAAUAUCGUAUACAAAAUUUUUGAAAAUGUAUGUAUAAUAAAUCUUUGUGUGUUGGUUUCCAGUAUUCAUUGAAUAUAUGGAAUUAAUGACAUGAAAUGAUUUUUGUUGGUGUUAUUUUAUCGAAUCUUUACUGGAAACUUCACCAUUUAUCAAUGUUGAAAUUGAAUGUUCAUUUAUGGAUCAGCACCUUUGAAAAUUCUAUCUAUUUUAACGACACAAUAAUAUGUCUUAUUGAAUGUAAUUUUAUGUGUUUACUUUUGGUUCCUUUAUCAAACCAAAAAUAUAGAAUGAUAUUGUACUUUAAGGUUUAAGGCCCUUAUCUAACUAUAUAUGACGUUAGGAAAGAAUUCUUGGAUUCAACUUAAAUGUGGCCUACUUUUAGACAUUUAGAGGCAAUAAUUAAUUAUAUUUUUUUUGUUAAAGAUAUUCAUUCUUGUUUGAAAAAAUAAAGUAUAUUCUUCCGAUUGUU